AUGCCGCAGAUCAGCCCGGAAUUAGCGGAAGCUGCGAAGCGCUUACACGAGUCAUCGACCAAGGUGUAUAACCUAGCAGACGACACCACUCGCUCCCCCUCGCCGCUCUCCUUCCCCCCGGACGUCCCUCCAGCACCCCACCUAGAGGGCUGCACGGCCAAUACUGGUUUAUAUUUCAUCCUCACCCCUUCCCACUCUUCCCCACCCCUCCCCACCCCUCCCCACCCGUCCGCAUCCCUCCCCACCCCUUCCCACCUCUCUACAGUCCUGGACCAAGCGCCCCACCUGGAGGACUGCACGGCCAAGACUGCCCUGAGGGUGAAGGCAGAGGCGAGGGGGGCGCAUGGGGAGGACCCUGAGUGGGUGCUGCAACUGCACGCCCCAACCCCCCUGGAUGAGUGUUUCGGUGCUGCUGUGUUACUGCUGGAGGAUCGAGCCCAGUGCACAGUGCAAACAGCAAGGGAGGACCCUGAGUGGGUGCUGCUGUGCUAUUUGGCAAGUGCUGCAACUGCGCACGAGUUUCGAGUCGACUCAAAACUCGACGUAUCACAUACUGCUGGAGGAUCGAGCCCAGUGCACAGUGCAAGCAGCAAGGACCCCCGGGUGGGUGCUGUGCUAUUAGGCAAGGCAAGUGCUGCAACUGCGCAGCGCACGCCACAACCACCGCGGAUCCGCGGUUCUGACGCGGCGAAUCUCGCGCUGACACGUGUCUUCCAGCGGGACCUGUGGGAGCGGCAGUUCCCCGCCAGCUGUGCCGGGCGGCGGCUAAUGAUAACCGACUGGCCCCCCAAGCACCAUGGCACCGGCAACAUGGUGCAUGUGAUGGGGUCGUUUCUGAACGCCGCCGUGCGGCACAAUCGGACUCUUGUCAUCCGCCCCCGCACCUUCCACCGUGCUAGCGGGCAGGACACCGGCAACAUGGUGCAUGUGAUGGGGUCGUUUCUGAACGCCGCCGUGCGGCACAAUCGGACUCUUGUCAUCCGCCCCCGCACCUUCCACAGUGCUAGCGGGCAGGAGUGCGCAGGACGCUCGUUGUCCGCCCCCACACCUUCCACCGUGCUAGCGGGCAGGAGUGCGCAGGUGUGUUCCCCCAAGCACUCAUAUCCCACCCACCACGGCACCGGCAACAUGGUGCAUGUGAUGGGGUCGUUUCUGAACGCCGCUGUGCGGCACAAUCGAACUCUUGUCAUCCGUCCUCGCACCUUCCACCGCUCCAGCAGGCAGGCAGGAGUGUGCAGGACCGGUGGGGAGUAUAAGGAAGGGAAUGGCUGUGCUGUGCUGUGCAGCGCAAAAGGACGCUCGUCAUCCGCCCUCGCACCUUCCACUGCGCCAGUGGGGGGGAAUGUGGGGUGGAUGGGUACAGGACAGGUGGGGAGUAUAAGGAAGGGAAUGGCUGUGCUGUGCUGUGCAGCGCAAAAGGACGCUCGUCAUCCGCCCUCGCACCUUCCACUGCGCCAGUGGGCAGAAAUGCACUGGCAGGAGGGCGAGUGGGAGUGUUACUUCUUCCCUGUCGCCUCCCCAGACUGCCUCAAGGUCGCCUUAGCAGCCCUCACAGCAGUAACACCCAUCGCUCUCUUCCCUUACCCCACAGAGGGCGAGUGGGAGUGUUACUUCUUCCCUGUCGCCUCCCCAGACUGCCUCAAGGAGGGCGAGUGGGAGUGUUACUUCUUCCCCGUGGCCUACCCAGACUGCCUCAAGGUCGCGCCCUCUCUCCUCUCUUGCCUGUCUUAUUGCCCACCCAUGUGCCCGCCCUAUCCCCAUCCCCCAGACAUCGGGCAGGAGGGCGAGUGGGAGUGUUACUUCUUCCCCGUGGCCUACCCAGACUGCCUCAAGGUCGCGCCCUCUCUCCUCUCUUGCCUGUCUUAUUGCCCACCCAUGUGCCCGCCCUAUCCCCAUCCCCCAGACAUCGGGCAGGAGGGCGAGUGGGAGUGUUACUUCUUCCCCGUCGCCUCCCCAGACUGCCUCAAAGUCGCUCUUGCAGCAGAAGCAACAGCACCUAUCGCUCUGUUCAACGAUACCAAGGAAACGGUGCUGGCGUCGGCUGCUCAAGUGGUCAUUUGCAACGACACCCACUACCACCACGACGCUGCAAGAGCUGCCAGCCUCUGGGUGGCUCCUGACGGCAGACCGCCCGAGCUGGAGCAUCCAUUCACCAUCGAGCAGCUGGGGAGAAUCUGGGUGCCCAACGACAACCACAUUGGGGAGCGUUGGUGGCGCUCCCAAACCGCACGCUUUCUCCUCCGCUGGCCCUCUGCCCUGCUCUGCCACAUCACCAACCGCGUGCGACACAACACCUACGGGAUGGCUGUAGCAGAGCGGGUCAUAUCCGCUACAGCCAAGCAACAGACCAUUCUCCACUCCACACCCCCCAACACUCCGGAAUCCCAGCACUUGAACUCUCUCCCUGACGCCUCUUCUGCUGUUCCGCCUUCUGUCGCAUACAAGUCGAGCCUAGCCGGGACUGUAUGGCAGAUGAAGGGGUUCGCGGGGUGUGUGGGAACGCGGUGUAAUGAAUCCGAGGCGUGUGCGGGAGCGGGGAGCGCGAAUGCUGGGGGAGGUGCGGCGGUGGAGUUUUCCUCGUUACAAGACGAACCGUUUAUAUUCCGGCCGUACGUCAGCCUGCACGUGCGGCUGAGCGAUAAAUACCUCGAGAUGAAGCUACACUUCUUCGCGACUUAUAUGUACUUUAUGUAUAAGCUGCGGGCGCACGUGCCGAACCUGGAGCACGUGUGGCUCAGCACAGAGAUGCAGAGCGUGAUUGAGGAAACUUCCAACUUUCCGGAUUGGACCUUCCACUACACGACGAGUGGGCGGGUGACGAGUGCAACGCAGAUGCAGGAGGAGCAUGUGAAGGACAAGCAGCGCACGGGGGAGAUUUUCGCGAAUCUCAUCAUCACGACGCAAGCGGAUUAUUUCGUCGGCGCGCUCGCGUCGAAUUGGAACCGUCUGAUCGACGAGCUGAGAUCGACCAAUGGGAGGCUGUACUCGGGACACGUGGCUCUGAAUGAGGCCUGGACAUGA